GCCUUGAGUCUCAUUCCGGAACACACAACAUACAAAUUUCUCCUCCUCACGGAUUCUGAUUGUAUCUCUCCCACAUUUAUUAUUGUUUUCAGCAUUGUGUCAGAGAAAUGGAGGAGCAAGCUCUGAAGAUUAAAUCUAUUUUCAUUUAUCCGAUCAAAUCUUGCCGUGGAAUCUCUGUCUCUCAGGCAACUGUAACUCAAACUGGAUUUCAAUGGGACCGGUAUUGGCUAGUUGUGAACUACAAAGGAAGAGCAUACACUCAAAAAGUUGAGCCUAAGCUUGCUCUUAUUGAAUCUGAGCUGCCUAAGGAAGCUUUCUUGGAAGACUGGAAGCCAACAAAGAAUUCGUUUUUGGUUGUAAGAGCUCCUGGAAUGAGACCCUUAAAGAUACCAUUGACUAAACCAAGCUCGGUGGCAGAAGGUGUGUCCAUGUGGGAAUGGACUGGCUCUGCCUUUGAUGAAGGAGAAGAAGCUGCUAAAUGGUUUUCUGAUUAUCUUGGAAAACAAAGCCGUCUGGUUCGGUUUAAUAAUGAAACUGAAACUAGACCUUCACCUCCUGAGUAUGCAGCUGGUUACUCUACCACAUUUGCUAAUACAUUUCCGUUCAUGGUUUCCUCACAGGCUUCUUUGGACAAGCUGAAUACAAUUCUUACAGAACCGGUGCCUAUUAACCGUUUUCGACCCAACAUUCUUGUGGAUAAUUGUGAUCCCUUUGGUGAAGAUCUUUGGGAUGAAAUUAAGAUAAAUGAUCUGGUCCUCCAAGGAGUUAGGCUAUGUAGUCGCUGCAAGUUGCCAACUGUGAAUCAAGAAACCGGAGUUCCAGAUGCAGCUGAACCAAUUGAAACUCUGAUGAAAUUCAGAUCAGACAAAGUCUUAAUGCCACACAAGAAACCGCAUGGAAAGGUUUUCUUUGGGAAGGAUAUGGUUUGGAAUUGGAACAUAACCAACAACCAAGGCAAAGGCAACAAGACAAUCAAAGUUGGUGAUUCCAUCUCUGUCCUAAGGAUGAUCUCUUCCGUAUCUGAAGCAGCUGUUUAAACUCAAAGCGAAUAUAUAAACAUUUUGCUUCUUCUGUUGUGAUGUUAUCUCUAAAUAAAUUAAAGAAAGAUGCUUUGUUCUUGCUGAUGUAACUUACAAACUUCACUUGUUCUGAGUUUCACCUUGUUGAAAGUGUAAUUUCAUUGGCUUGAAUAGCCUCAGUUGAUCUUAACCUUUUAAAACCU